CUUAAUUGUUACAUUUGUCAUAUUAAUAUUAGUUAAUUGCUACAUUGCUCAUUAAAGUAAAAAAAAAACUAGUUAAUUUUUACAUUUGUCAUAUUAAUAUUAGUCAAACUACUUAAUUGUUACAUUGGUCAUAUUAAUAUUAGUUAAUUGCUACAUUGCUCAUUAAAGUAAAAAAAACUAGUUAAUUUUUACAUUUCUCAUAUUAGUUAAUUGCUACAUUUCUCAUUAAAGUAUUAAUUAGAAGUAGUUCGAUUUUUUUGUCAAGGAAAACAAAUUGUUACACUAUAAUAUACUCAUAUUUUAGUUCGAAUUUGCUAUAGUUUUCUUAGUCACAUUUUAUUAUUACUAUUGUACUCAUAUAUAAUAUUUGAUAUCAUUUAAUAUUUGUUCAAUUUUAAAGAUGGAGCAUGGUAGACAUUCUGUAGAUGUGGGUAAUCUCCAACGCAACCGCAAGAGGGAGAUUGCGUCGACUCGUCCUACUUCACGCAAAGGCAAAGGUAAAGCGCGUGCCGAGUCUUCUUUUCAAAGUCGAGAUGACUUUCAAACGGAUUACCAACGGAGAGAUGAUAUGAUGAUGUCCGACGAGCAUCUACAAAACUUAUUGUCCCAAAAUGAUCCACGCUUUGCACAAGAACAACACAUCCCGACAACCAUUGAUGAAGAGAAGCUCGAGGAUGACGAUGUGGAGGAGGACGCGGGGGGCGACGGGACUCACGGCACCCCGGAUGAUGAGCAAUAGUUGGAGGACGAGGGCGGUUCAACCCAAACUGGUAAGAAAUCUAAAUCUCCUAUUAUUGAAAACAAUUUUACAAAAAGGAAAGACAAAAAUACCAAAAAAUGGUACGCAAGUUGCAAUCAUUGCGGCAAAGAGUAUAGCUUGGGAACUUCUGGCGGAUACGGGAGUCUCACAAGGCAUCUUAAGUCCGCCCAUUUUGUGGAGUAUGCGAAAAUAGACAAGAGCAAGGGGAAGCAAACACAAAUAUCGAGAUUGCGUGAAUAAGUGGAAGGACCCGAAGACCGGACUGUGGUGGGCAACUUGCAAGUGGUGCAAGAAAGAGUGUUGCUUGGGGCAUUCACACGGAGUCGGGAUGCCAAUAAAACAUAUGAAGUCAUGUGACAAAGACAAAACAACAACCAACAGUGGCGGAAAUCCCAAUUGAUAUUUAUUAAAAAAUGUAUUUCAUAUUGUUAUUGUUUUCUCAAUUCUCAAAUGUACUUCCUA